GCAGCUCUUGGCGGGAAAGUUGACCUCGACCAGGGGUCAAAGGCUGCUGUUGCGUGCCCCUCACGCGCGACCCAGCGACCGUUGAAGGAAAGCGCAUGCGCCUUGGGGAAAGCGUGUGGGGCGUUAGUGCAGUUCGUUUCGUCGCUGGCUCGCUUUACGCUUCACGUUGAAUUAAAGAAAGUACUUUAUCAGAAGAAGAUGGCCACUGCACAGUUGCAGAGGACUUCAAUGAGUACAUUGAUAUUUCCCAGUAAGAUAUCAACUGAGCAGCAGUCUUUGGUGUUAGUGAAGAGGCUCCUAGCAGUUUCAGUAUCCUGCAUCACGUAUUUGAGAGGAAUAUUUCCAGAGUGUGCUUAUGGAACAAGAUAUCUAGAUGAUCUUUGUGUCAAAAUUCUGAGAGAAGAUAAAAAUUGUCCAGGAUCUACACAGUUAGUGAAAUGGAUGCUAGGAUGUUAUGAUGCUCUACAGAAAAAAUAUCUAAGGAUGGUCAUUCUAGCUGUGUACACCAAUCCAGAAGACCCUCAGACAAUUUCAGAAUGUUACCAGUUUAAAUUCAAGUACACCAAAAAUGGACCAAUCAUGGACUUUAUAAGUAAAAAUCAAACCAAUGAAUCUAGCAUGUCAACUGCUGACACCAAGAAAGCAAGUAUUCUCCUCAUUCGAAAGAUUUAUAUUCUAAUGCAAAAUCUGGGACCUUUACCAAAUGAUGUUUGUUUGACGAUGAAACUUUUUUACUAUGAUGAAGUUACACCCCCAGAUUACCAGCCUCCUGGUUUUAAGGAUGGUGAUUCUGAAAGAGUCCUAUUUGAAGGGGACCCUAUGUACUUAAAUGUGGGAGAAGUCCCAACACCUUUUCAUACCUUCAAAGUAAAAGUGACUACUGAGAAAGAACGAAUGGAAAAUAUUGAUUCAGCUAUACUAUCAAAACAAUUAAAAACACCACUUCGGAAAAUCCUGGUGGACAAAGAUGAUGUAGAAGACAAACAGCAUUAUGAUGACUUUGACCUUGAAACUAAAAUGGAAGUACAGAAAAAAAACUCAGGAACUUCUAAAACUGAAGAACCAAAUUUAAUGAUUGAGGAAGAUGAAAUUAUGAGGUGUAAAGAAAGUCCGAAUCUUUCACUUUCUCCCUUUCAGGUUGAACAGUUAGUCAGUAAAACAUCUGAACUUGAUGUAUCUGAAAGCAAAACACGAAGUGGAAAAGUCUUUCAGAAUAAAAUGCCACAUGGAAACCAACCAGUUAAAUCUUCUAAAGAAACUCGGAAGAGAAAACCUGCAUCUGGAAAAACAGUCUUCCAUCACUUUGAUUUUUCUAGUCAAGAGUCUGUGCCAAAAAGGAGAAAGUUCAGUGAACCAAAAGAACAUAUAUAAAAAUUACUUUUCCUCUGUACAUUUGGAAAGUUCUUCUCAUUAUUUAAAGUAAAAGAUGCUCUAUUAUUAUUUUAAGGUGUGUUCUUCCCUACCUCUGAAAAUGUAUAUGCAGAUUGGUCCUUAACUUUACCUGAGAUAAGUCCAAGAGAAAUUUGGAACAAAACCAAAUGUGGUAAUUGAUGCUGUUCAUUGUCUACUUUAUAAGAUCUAUCUUCCAUUUUAGUGGACACUUUCUUUAAAUCUAUAUUAACAUAAGGCCCUAUAAUGCAAACCACUUUUUGAAAUAAUGUUUAUUUUGGUAUUAAAAUUUUGUAAAAUUCAUUUUUUCCUUUUGUUAAAAUUAUACCAUAGCCCAGGGAUUUAGCUCAGUGGUUCCGCUGCCUGCCUCGCAAGCACAAGGACCCAAGUUCAAUCCCUGGUACCACAAUAGCUGUUUUGUCAUUGUGUUGUUAUUAAGACGGUGUUCUUCAAUAUAUUGAUAUAUUGUAUUAACAUAUAUAGUGUACAAUUUAAAAAUUGGUACUCAGUUUUUAAAAACUUUUACUGCUGGACAAAAAGAUGACUGAUUUUUUUUUAAGGACAAAAUAAAAU